AGACUGAGUGGAUCAAGUACAAGUGAAAAUCUGAUCCAAAAUCUCAAAAGAAUGAGACACGCUUAACUAGAUUAUAACGAGAUUCAUGAUGAUGAUGGCAAAUUCAGGCUCAAGUUAUUGAUCCAAUCUACACAAUUUCAUAUGAAGCAAGAAUUUAGGGGCGCAGUCCAAAAGAACUUUUUCGAAGCUAGAAUUAUCUCAGCUGGCAACUUCUUAAAGCUGGAGUUUUGCAGCAUUGACUCAAGCAGCAAGGUACAACAGCUCAGUUGGAGCGAUUUCAAAUCGCGCCCUGGAAGCCUGGUCCGCCCAGAUGAAUAAAGAAUGGACAAUUGGAGAGGAUCAAUGAAAGACGGGACUUAAGAGAGUAACGGUGGCUUUAUUUGUAAAUAAAAUCGCAUAACGGGUACAUCAUUGAAAUAACUGCACGAGGGAUAAUAAGGAUAACCAAAGCAUUUGAUCAAGGGUGUAUGUUUGCACUCACAGUUAUAGACAAUGUCAUAUUCGGAGUCAGCUCGCUCAACCGCUGCGCAGCAUUACAAGUGAUCGGUCCAUUGAGCUACGGAGCACAACGAAAAUAGCAGAGUGUAUGAAUCACUUGGCAUUUGGAGUCGAGUGCAUUGGCGUACCUUGAUAUAUAAUGAUGUUCAUUGCUCUUCGGCGGUGCAUUGCUUGAUAGUCCAGGAGAGAGAGAGAGUGGCUUAGCUUACAACUAAGACUGCGGUUUUUAAGCUAGAGUCCAAGAAAUCAGCUGUACUGACAGGAGUAAUCGAUUGAGAAUAUCAUCAAGAGAAAUAUAAUCAAAAGCAUCAACUCUAUUUUGAUAGAGAAAAAAUUCAGGAAUUUUUGGCUCCUGCAAAGUUUCAAAUUUCAAGAAUGGAUAAGAGGGUCGAAGCGUUGGUUUGCAUGACGAUUCUUGCCGCGGUGUUCAAAAUCAAUUGUGCCAAAAAGGAAGAGGCAACAAACGGAAUCAGAUACAAGCUGAGUUCAUUCUGCUUCACAAGUGAAAGCUGUCCUGAUAUGAAGUAUUGUCAUCAUCACCAGUGCAGGUUUCCGGUGACAUUUGAAGAGUUUAGAACUGUUAUGAAGAUUCAUUACAGUAGACAAAGGCAAAUUUCAUCAAAGGGAAUGCCAUGUUCAAGUCAUAUGGACUGCAGUGCCAAUGAAUAUCUUUGUGACACAGAGCAAGGAAUAUGUAGGCUUGCUGGAAAAGUUUUUCAAAAAUUAAAUAGGUGCAAAGAUUUAAAAAAAUCUUGCCAUUCUGAUGCUGACUGUUCGUGCCUUGGACAUGAAAUGAAAUGCGAGGCAGAGCCAAGUGGAACUGAAAGCGAGUGUGUUAUCGUUCGUCGCCUUCAAUCGUCAGCAGCUAAGCUAUUUAGCAAAACAAAAAGAAAAACAUCGCGCAACAACCGAACGGCGGACGAAAAUAAAACCGAAAAAUCGUGAGGCGAUAUUUAUCGUCCUUAUAUCAUGUACUUACAUAUAUAAAUAUAUACAUAAAGAUAUUUAUUCGUCUAAAUUAUUCUUUUAUGACCUUGUAAGAUUUAUGUCACCCUUCUAAACUGAGUAUUGUGGAUAUAUGAAAUAGUGGAAAUAGCAAAUGAAGUUAUGAUAAUAUACCUCUCAUCGCUUUAAGAUGUUGUUGAAUAAAGGAAACUCUAAAUUCAUAUUGGUGGAGAAGCCUCCUAAUGAAAUCUAGCGAAAGAUUUACCCGGUAAUACCCUCAGUCUACUUUAGAUCCCUUCCCCCCUCACGUACCCCCAAGCGAGUAGUAUAUUAAGACCAGCAUUUUGGAAGGGAACAUAGCAUGAAGAUCAUAUCCUUGAAAUAGGUUGCUCAAAACUCCCUGUAACAAAGAAACCAUUUGGCAUAUAAGAAUUGCAAGAUUAUCAUAUCUUUAUCCUAGUAUGCCGAAUCCGGGAAUAUUUGUUUUUAUUAGAACCCCAACUAUCUCUAAAGACAAAUCCCUGUAUAAGGAUCUCAUGAUUUUCUCCGUCCAAAACGCGUAUCCCUUUAUUCAUCCUUCUUUAUAGCAAAAGAGAAUGAAAAAAGAAUGAAUUUGGCCUGCAAAAAUCCAAACUAUUGCUUGAAGUUGAUGUUCCUCUUAUUUCUUGAUUCUAAGAUGCACAAUUCCUGACACCUGAAUGUCAACCAAACUUUUUAUUCGCCAUAAUUAAUUUGAGGUUGAAAGAAGUACAAUUUGUUCGUAUUAUUUAUUCUAAAUUUAACUUCAUUUUAAAAUGUUAAACGGCAAUCACUUUGUUUGUGUAAGUAUGUUGCAAGUGUUGUUGCUAUGGUUGAGGGGAUCAUAUUCCCUCUUUAGAAAUAAAAAAAAUCAUUCAGAAUUGCUUUAUUCAAUCAGAUGUAGAAAAGCACGGGCAUUAACGUGUGCCCUAUAGAAUCUCAAUUCGUUUACUUAUAUGUCUUCAAAGUGUAACGCCUCUUCUUGUACAAAAG